GCUUGUAAGACACUCUUAAAAUGGGUUUUGCUGGAGGGAGCAAGAGCAAGUAGGCUGUACGAAAUGAACUAUAUGGCUUAUGCAAUAAACAUCAUUAUGAUAUAUUGCUUACAUGACGAGCAUCAUUCUCUGUUAAUUUCAUUCUAAAUCUGCCUACGAAAAUGAGCCACUUGAUAACCGAACAUGGUUGAUACAUCCCGCCGUACACAUGUGCAAAUAUUCAAGAUUAUUACGUCAAUUUGAUGCUGAUCGAAGCUGGCUAUCUUGAGAUGGUAGUGAUAAGGGAGUCCUCAUGGAUGAUUUCAUGAUGGAAAAAUUGAUGGAUGCUGCCAUGCUCCUACAACAAAAGUUAGUUCUUGGGUUCAAUAUCAACCUGGAAAUGAAUCUGCUUUGGACAUGGACUCUAUUGGUUUCAUGUGAUGCUCUUAUUGGAGGGAGGAAUGGAUUCUUACAUGUUGUGCAAAAUGGCUCUAAACAUUCAUGUGGAAUACUCACAUUCAGUUGUAGGUGCGUCAUAGAUUUGAAGAAUGAUGUCGUCUGGUGUUUAUCAGAUGGGGUUCUCCCAUUCUGUUUCUCAAAAUGUUCAGUCGCACAUAUGCAAGGGGAAUUUGCUUAAUGGGACAUGAAGAGAUGGGCCUAGAUGUCAGACUAAUUGGUUGCGAUUUUUUUAUCUCUAUUGCUUUCUACUUAAUUUUUGGAGAUGUUUUUUUGGGUAUUAAACUCAAUACCCGUUAUCUUUGUUGUUUGCUUACAAUAGUGGUUCACUUUCAA